UCAGCUGGGGACGGAGCGAGGACUAUGGAGACGAGUGAUCAGGUCUUUCUCAUUUCAUUUCUUCUCCUUCUAACUAGUCUUCUCUCGCUCUAGAAAGUUCACUCUGCUACAGUACAUUUGUAUGACGAGAUUGCCCUCCACUUUCUCAACGAAUUCCGAGCCUAUCCUCGUCUUCUUCUCAGAUUCUACCAACAGUCAAAGAUCCUCUGCUGAUCAACUUCUUCUUCUCCAUAUUUUCAUGGAACACCUGCUGACUUGAGAUUCCUAUGGAUUUGACCGAGGGCGUCGGAGAGAGCUCGUCACCGCCUCGAAGCUUCGUCAGCUUCAGCAACUACGAUGUGCGAAACGACGUGUACAACCGCUUGUUGGAGAGCGGUAAAGAAGACGCUUUGACUCAACCUGAUUUUCGUGAGCAGUUGGACGCUCACUUCAAUCGCUUGCCGGCUAGUUAUGGGCUUGAUGUUAACUUGGAUAGAGUAGAAGAUGUCUUGUUGCAUCAAAAGCUUCUUGCAUUGGCAAAAGACCCAGAGAAGCGGCCUGUUUAUCAUAUCCGUUUCAUGGAGAAUACUUCUACAAAAGCAGAUGAUGACGACGAUGAUGAUGAUAAUGAUGGCCAACAAGUUACUAGUAUCAUUUCAACCUCAAGGCCAUCAUGUGGUGAAGCUAAUGAAGGAGCUGCUCAGUCACAUGACAGAGCUAGGAAUUGUGCAAUUGACUCUAAGCUUGGGGACCUAAAUUUGGAUGUUAGAACGAAUGCUACGGACAUGGAUGGAAGACAUCUGACAGAGAGUUUUCCCCCAAGGCAAGAUAUACCACAUGUUCCCAUUCAUGAAGUCAUAUUUUCAACCAUUGACAAGCCUAAGCUUCUUAGCCAGCUUCAUUACAUGCAAUACAUUGUCUCCACUUUAGCAGUCUCUUGGUAUUCACUAAUUUCAAUGCAAGAUAUACCACAUGUUCCCAUUCAUGAAGUCAUAUUUUCAACCAUUGACAAGCCUAAGCUUCUUAGCCAGCUUUCUGCUUUGCUUUCUGAUUUAGGACUUAACAUCCGUGAAGCACAUGUUUUUUCAACGACCGAUGGCUACUCCUUAGAUGUUUUUGUGGUGGAUGGAUGGCCUGUUGAGGAUACAGAUGGUCUACAUGAAGCUAUGGAAAAGGCGGUUGCUAGAAGUGAGGGGUCAUGGUCAAGAUCUUCACAUUCUCAUUCGGCUGUGGAGAAAGCAUUAGCGGCACAAGAAAAACCUGGAAACUGGGAAAUAGACAGAAGACUAUUAAAGAUAGGCGACAGAAUUGCAUCUGGGUCAUGUGGAGAUUUGUACCGUGGAAUUUAUCUUGGUCAAGAUGUUGCGGUUAAGAUACUGAGGUCGGAGCAUUUGAAUGAUGCUCUAGAGGAUGAGUUUGCUCAAGAAGUGGCAAUUCUGAGAAAGGUCCAUCAUAGGAAUGUUGUGUGCUUUAUCGGGGCAUGUACGAAGUCUCCACAUUUGUGCAUAGUGACAGAGUAUAUGCCCGGUGGAAGUCUCUAUGAUUAUUUGCACAAGAAUCAUAAUGUCUUGAAGCUUUCAGAACUGUUAAAGUUUGCAAUUGAUGUCUGCAAAGGAAUGGAGUAUUUGCAUCAUAAAAACAUAAUUCAUAGGGAUCUGAAGACAGCAAAUCUGCUAAUGGACACUAACAACGUUGUAAAGGUGGCAGAUUUUGGUGUUGCUCGGUUCCAAAAUCAAGAGGGAGUAAUGACAGCAGAGACUGGAACCUACAGAUGGAUGGCACCAGAGGUUAUCAAUCAUCAACCAUAUGAUCAGAAAGCAGAUGUGUUCAGUUUUGCAAUUGUACUUUGGGAGCUAGUAACAGCCAAAGUUCCAUAUGAUACCAUGACUCCGUUGCAAGCUGCCUUGGGAGUUAGACAGGGACUGAGACCGGAUCUUCCCAGUACUGGACACCCAAAGCUGUUGGAAUUAAUGCAGAAAUGUUGGGAUGCAGAUCCUUCCAAUCGGCCUUCCUUCUCUGAUAUAAUAGCUGAACUUGAAUAUCUCCUCCAAGAAGUUCAGGUAGGACGAUCCCUCUCCUCGCUUUUUUCAGGUCUCAUUGCCCCUCGUUCUCUUGGCCCCACAGUGAACUAAGAUACAUGAAAUCUCAGGAAAUUUCGGAAGCUACCAAUGG